CGUUUCUCCCGCAGCGGCUCCGCCAUGGCCUUGCUUCCCGAUCUGCCGCAUCGACUGCCCCUGCAUUCCACCGCCCUGAUCGCCCCUUUCUCGCCGAUAGCCGCCACUGCCGAUCUCUCAGGGCCCUCCUCGGCUACGUACCGCCGCCGCAAUGAGACCGACAUAUCUGCGCAUCCGCUCAGACACCCCGUCCGAUUCCGCCAAAGCCACCCACCAGGUCUCCCGCGACCUGCUCUCCUCGUCGCUGUCUGUGCCGGUCGAUCCGUCGCUGACGCAGCCCAGUGCGGAACUGGCCUCCAACAACAUCCUGGUGCGCUGCGACUGGUCCAGUGCCUUUGAUUCGACCCAGAUCGACGCCUACUUUCAGGACAAUGCCGUCGACAUAGCGCUGGCCGUCACAGUGACCAACGGCUCAAGCAUGUGGUUCAAAAACGUGACCGUACGGGACCUCUCACGAUGCAAAAUGUCGACCAAAAUGAGGCUGAAUGAGUUCUACCAGGCCACGUUUUCGGCCCUGUCAUCCGAACGAGAUACCAACGGCCGACGCAACCUCUGCACAGUCGUCUUGGACGAGUUUUUCUGCCAGAUAACAUGGACGGUGUGCACCGAGACCGAAGCCAACACGAUCAAAUUUGACCUUGGCUCGCUCCAACUCCCUGUCAUGAGCGAGCAGACUCGACAACACACAUGGUUUGACUGGAUCGAUGGCCUGAUCGCCGAGCGGAACACCCUUAAGGACCAAGUUGUCGCCCUCGAGACCAAAACGGAGGACCUACGCAGCCAGCGCAACGAAGCUAUCGAUCAACUUCAACGAUGGGUGCAAGAGAAUCGGAUCGACGCCGAGGAGCGGCUCUACAAGAAGUUUGCUGUCAUCGUCAAUCGCAAGAAGCACAAGAUCCGAAGCCUCAUGAAGGCCUUGAAAGCCCAUGCCAAAGCGACCCAAGAGACUCGACUAUUGAUCGAAAAGCAGGCCAAACACCGGGUCAAGAACGAGCCCAUCGACGAGUCGGCCAGCAGCAAUCUCUCAGAGUCUCUAUACCCGAAUGCACAAGAUACAGGCUAUGAUGCUGAUGAAUCGAGCACCCGUGCCGUCUCGAAGCGAGCGAAUCACCAUGUGGAUGUUGGUGCAGAUGGCCAAUCUUCCGACCCUCACAGCCCCACCGUGACGCCGCCCAAGCGGCCUCGGCUGAAACAGGACGACCACGGCGACGAGGACGACCAGGACGACGAGAACGACGAUGACGAGGAUGCUCCUCCUCUAAUCGGCAAGGCUGGGGCUGCACUCAGCACCCGAUCGGCCAUGAGAUCAAAGAGAGACGCCGAGCCAGCGGGCAAGCUUCAAGCGCCGUCACCAACCUCCAGCACAGGGUUUGCUGUGCCGACGACAGCGAGAUCGACGCGCGUGUCCCGGCUAUCGUCCAUCACGAGCCCUUCGGUUUCGCCACUUCGCAAGGGCCGCGGCUCGAGUCGGACUCUGGACUCCAACCAGAACAAGACACAAGAUGCCGAGGAACUCCUGCGGCGGCUCGGAUAGCGACAACGUACUGUCCGGGCCA